UAAACCGUAUAGAGAGGGGUUUAUUAAAAGUAUUUUAAUAAAAGACGACAUUAAAGCAUUUUCCUAACGGUUUGUUAAAAGAAUAUAAUUUAUUUCAUUUAUUGACACUCCAUUGUGGGCAUCGUACCGACGAAAUCGGCCGAACGACUCCGACGACUCACGGCACGCCCUGUUGUGAUCGGACGGUUCGCAGCUCACAUCCGGCUUGUACAGACUGCCAAAGCACGGGCCUUUCUUGUGACGCCUCCUUUUCGAGCUUUGGAUGGCCGAGAAGGCGGCGGCGGCGGCGAUGGCGGAGGAAGCGAAUCUCGCGACGGGAUCGCCAUUCUCGGGACGGCACCGCAAGCUUCUGGAGCGGCGAUCGUGGCGGCGCCGACGCGGUCCGGCUAGUCCACCCAGGUGAACCGCUGCUCCCACCAUUGCUGUCUUGCUUCCCCAUCCCUUUCCUUCUUUAUCGGCAUCGGCAUCGGCAUCUUUUGCAUCAUCUUAUUAGAUUGGAUCCCCUUCGAUCUACCAUCAUCUAUUUGUGCGCUUCAAAAGAUUUGUUGCUGACAUGAUCCUAAUCCCGUCUACCUGAUUGUGAUGGACGGUUGAGAUGUGAGGUGAGGAUGCGAGGACGGUUGAGAUGGCGAAUCGGAGGAUUGCAGUUCCCCGUUCGGGUCGGAGAGCGAGUAAGUUUUUGCCCGCGCUCCGUCCCCCUACAAAACGUCGAACACGACACCCUCUCUCUCCAAGAGUGUCUCAGAUCAGAAGAACUCUCUCUCUCUCGCUCUUUGGAAAUCUUAAAUCAAAACCUAUCUCUCUCCGCGUCUUCUGCCCUUAAUUCAUUGGAGCAGGCAGAGGCGAUGUCCCUCCGUCCGACGACGCGGGCGGAGGCCCGCAAAAAGUCGUAUAAGGUGGCCGUGGACGCGGAGGAGGCCCGAUGGAGGAGGGAGAAUGUCCUGGUGGAGAUCCGGAAGAGCAAACGGGAGGAAAACCUCAACAAGAAACGAUGCGAGGCCGGGCCGCACCAUCUCAGCCCCCCUCCUACCCACGCAUGCGGGAUGAAGAUUGAUAAUCUUUCUGAAAUGGCUGAAGGAGCAUAUUAUGAGGAUCCAGCUGUUCCGUCAUCAGUAAUAACACAGUUCAGGAGACUCUUGUCGGAUGGUGCACCUAUUGAGGAGGUCGUCAAGGCAGGAAUUGUCCCUCGGGUUGUGGAAUUUAUUUUAAGACAUGAGACACCACUGCCACAGAUAAAGACUGCUCUACCAGUUCUUCAGCGACUUAUUCACUUGAAUGAUGAAGAGGUUCUUGUGGAUGCCUGUUGGGCUAUAUCACAUCUUUCUCAUGGAAGUAAGGACAGAAUUCAAGCAGUGAUAGAGGCCGGUGUCUGUCCAAAACUUGUUGAGCUUUUGAGUCAUCCAUCACAUAAAGUUCUUGUACCUGCUCUUAGGACAUUGGGAAAUAUUGUCACUGGAAAUGAUGUCCAAACCCAGAUCAUGAUAAAAAAUUUAGCACUUCCUCGCCUUCUGCAAAUUCUUACAUCAAGUUAUGACAACUAUAUCAAACAGGAGGUUUGUGGGGUUAUCUCAAACAUCACUGCUGGAAAUAGCAAUCAGAUUCAGGCUGUCAUAGAUGCAAACAUUGUCAGUCCAUUGGUGCAGCUACUGCAGCAUGCAGAAUUUUCUGUCAAGAAAGUGGCUUUCUGGGCUAUAUCAAAUGCCAUCCAUGGUGGUUCUAACUGCCAAAUCCAAUUUUUGGUCAGCCAAGGAUGCAUUGAGCCACUAUGUGAUCUUCUUGCCUACCCUGCCCCAUCAAUUAACGCCAUUUGCAUGGAGUGUCUUGAUAAAAUUUUGGAGGUGGGUGAGGCCAACAAGCAUCUGGGUAUAACCGCAGGUCGAAACCUCUAUGCACAGAUGAUUUGUGAUUGUGAUGGGUUCAACAAAAUUGAGUCGCUUGUGGCACAUGACAACAUUGUCAUCUAUAAGAUGGCAGUAAAUAUACUUAAAAGGUUUUGGGUGGACGACGAAGAAGACAUGCAGGAUUUUGAUUAGGGUGCCAAGCAUGGGCUUCAACAAAAAUCUGUUGCCUCCCCUUCUGUGAUGACUUUUUUUUUUAUUUUUUUCCCAUUUUAGAGCACGUCCGGAGUGCGUGCAGGUUGACAGCAUUCUACUGUGUGCAUCUAAAACUUAAAAUAUUUUUCCUGUGUUCGCAUGUUGAUGUGUUAACUGUUUUUUUCGAUGCA